AUGGAUAUUCAUCGUGAGGUGUGCGACAUUUAUGGGGAGGGUCAAAUGUCUCACAGAUCUAUUUGUAGGUGGGUUGCCAAAUUUAAAACCGGUCAGCAGCAAGUCAAAGAUGCUGCUCGUCCAGGUCGUCCUGCAACAACAACGACGAAAAGCAACAUACAAAAAAUCAGUAAUAUGUUGAAAAAAGAUGCCCGAUAUACCGUGAGGGAUUUAGCACGGUUGACGAACAUUUCUUUAGCACGAGUUCAUGGUAUUUUAAAGAAACAUCUUCAACUCAGGAAAAUAAAUGCAAGAUGGUUACCCCAUUUGCUAACAGACGAACAGAAGAGAACCCGUGUUGCAAAUGCUAAAAAGCUUCUCAAAAUGUAUCCCGAAUAUAACAAAAAAGCUUUCGACAACCUCGUUACUGGUGACGAGACAUGGGUAUACUAUUCUGAGCCAAAGCGGAAAUGUUCAAACAGAAUUUGGGCCACUAAAAAUGUAAAACGUCCAAGUAUUGCCAAGCGACAGCGCACGGUAAAGAAAGUUUUAUAA